AUGUGUUCAGUCCGUAAGAACCAAGAAAACCAACAGAUCCGUGAUGCUAUAGACAAUUCAAUCACCGUCCUCGACACUAUAGAACCGAACUAUCAGUUCAGUGCUGAAUCCGGUAUAUCAAAUAUGAAUACCACAGUCACGUCAUCUGCAGCUCUCGAAACGGAAACAAUAUGGGUGGAAAGGUUGUUAACUGGAAGCGUAGACGUAAUAGACCUGCUCACAAGAUGGGAAGAGUCCAGUGAUAAGCAAUUGGCUGCUUUGAGAAAUGUACUUUGUGCUGAGAAUCCUCCAGGAGCUUAC